UUUGAAUAUAAGAUAAAUAUUUGCUUAUCAUACAAGCAGUACAAUUUCAAUUUUUUGAAAUAACGUACUCUAUAGUCGACAGUUGUAAUUAGAGGUGACAAGUAGAUCUGAAAUAACCUCAACAAUGAAAAAUCGUUGAUAUCAAAAUAGAAAUAUGAAUUAUGUUUUCAAACUUAUCGUACAUAAGCAGAAGUGUAGAAAUUAAUUAAAAAUAUAUGGAGAAUCACUAAAACAAAAGUUGAAAGACAACAGUUUUCUGAUUGAUCGACAGUCACGACAUUAGAUGGUGGACGGUGCCAUUUUUGUCACUUUCAUAGCGCGCAUGGUACGCGCGGAAAGUUGAGUAUAUUAAAAAAAUCAUCAAUUGAAUCUCAUGAUUUAAAUACAAAUAAUUAUUAUUGUUUAUGUAUGUAUAUUUUUCGACUUCAAUUGUAUAUUAAAAUUGUGUAUAAAUUAAAUCGAUUAGGCUUAACCUAAUGUGACGGUAUAGUGCAGAAUGCUUUCGUUUACAUGGACGUGAUGGUUUCGAUAAUUUCAUAAAUAAACUAAAUAAACAAAAUCAUCAAAAUCAUCAAAAUUAAAGUGAUACGACAUGCAAAAAUUUCAAAUUAUUCUCUGUGAUCAAAUAAAAUAGGUCGUUAGACCUUAAAAUCACCAAAGAAAAAUGAUAAAAAUAUGAGCACAGCGGAUAUAACGCUGUCAGUUUCAGUCAAAAUGGCCCCAGGGCCAGAACAUCGCCAAGAACCAAUAGCACCUGACAAAAGUGCUGAAAAUAACAAUAGUGAGAUCUCUAAUGAAAGAGAUAAUAUCGAAAAUUCAGUGAUAGUUGUUGAGACUGUUAGUAACCAGAGUUCGAAUACAGAAUGUGCUUCAACGAACACUGACAUCAAUUCAGAUUCGACAACCCAAAGUGUAUCAACUUGCAUUACUUCUGACAAUAAACAGGAAGAACCAGCUACUUUAUCUACAUUAAAUGAAGGUGAACUACGUGCACUAUUGGAUGAAGCUAUAACUUAUAAGUGUCCAAAAGAUCGUGAAGGAAAAUCAAGUCUUUUUAAAGAGUUACUUCAAGAAGCAGAAGCUGAUGAAACUGAGGAAGGUUGUAGAAUAAUAACUAAUUCACGUUGUUUACCUGGAUCAAAUCGUAGAAGGCAUAAAAGAGAUUCUGUAUCUGAGAGAUUAACACAUGGAGGCUCAUUACAAAAUUUAGCACAACCUAUUACUUCAGAAUUUGAUAGUAGUUUUGCUUAUUUAACAUCUGGAUCUAGCUAUACUUACGGAGGAAACAGGAGAAAAAAUAAAAAAUAUACAGGAUCUAGUGUAUCUGCAAGGCAAAGAGAAGGUGGUUCAUUACCCUCAAAUGUUAAUGCAUCACACAGUCUUGCUUCAUUGGCUAAUUUAGAUUUAUUAUUUGAUAAAAAAGGAUUCUGUGAAGAAAGAUCAACAUAUGAUUGGACUAAUAAAGAAAAAUCUAAAUCAUUAGACAAACCAUCAUAUAAUAGUACAAAAAAAGAAGAAAAAGAAAAAGAUAAAAAAGAUACAAAAAAAGAUUUGUGUGAAACUGAAGUUGAAGUACGUGAGAAACGAGGUAGCAAAGGAAAAUACGGGACAAAUGAAAUGCUUGAAUCCGAUAAUCCACCACCAGAAUAUAAAUCAGAUUAUAUGGUGAUUGAUUUAGGUGAUGCUGAGGUGGGUACUAUUAGUGACAGAAAUGUGGGAUCCACUUUAAGUGGGGUUCAGAGACCUCACGCAUUAGACACAGAAGAUGAUGAAGGAAUUGAAAUGAAAAUUAUUGAACCUCGUAGACCUCAGUAUAUACCACGCACUACCUUUGACAUAGCUCAAACUCCUGUGGAUACUACUAUAGAUUUUUCUCUCCGUGAACAUAGCGGAAAGCAAGAUAAAUCAAAAAUAUCUGUUAAUGGUACAGAAGUAACUGGAUCCCUCUCUUUUCAAACUUUUAAUAGUGUGAAAUGUGGUAUUGGUGGAAACAGUUCUAAUACUAGUCAGGGUAAAGUAAUUCCAAGUUUAUGCUCCAUGAUGUCUGCAUCCUUACAAACACAGAAUAUCACAAUGGAAGGCUCGAGGUAUACAGCGCAUACUACUGGAUCUGGAGAAAAAAAAUCAUUGGAUGAAAAUGGAAAUCCAGUACAAUAUAAUGGAGAACGAAAAAAACCUAGAAGAAAGCAUACUCAAGAACCUAAUGUUAUUGUAUAUAGUGCUGAAAAUGUUGAAGGACAUCGCAACAUUGAUGAUAUUGAAAUUUUAAUUAAUUUUAUUGAAAAUAAAGAAUCAAAGAGCAAAAAAGGAAAACCAGGUAAUCCAGUAAGAGUAAAAACUAGUUCAGGUGCAAAACCAAGAAGCAGAGAAAAGGAUACUAAAAGGGAACAGUUACCAGCCAAAUUACAAAAGUCUAAUUCACUUGAAGAAAUAUCUAAGACUAAACUUGAAGAUCUUACAACAGAGAAAAGCGUCAGUUCGAGUGGUGCCAGUAGUAUAUCAAGUCAACAUGGUACAAUCAAUGUUGCCUUACGUCGUGCGAAACAAAGAAGCACGGGAGACCCAGCUAUCGAUAGUCGCGGUGAUAGACGAUCUUGGGGAACAGAAGAAGGUCAGUCCAUAUAUUGUAAUGAUACCGGAGAUGAUUAUGCUAGUCGUCGAAAUUCCAAUAAAAAAAUCAAUCCAGAGCCUGAACAUGAAACAGAAUUCCUGGUAGUUACGAAAAAGAAAAAAAGUAAAAAACAGAGAAGAAGUUCCAGUGGAAGUAGAGCACAGAAUUUAACAACAUCUGGAUCUUAUCUUCAAAAUUCAAGAGGAUUCUCUAAUGAAUAUAGAACACCACUUUCUCCUGAACUUAGAAGAAAAUCUGCAAGUAGUAUGCCACCAAGUGAUAAAUCAGACAGUAGUGAUUCUGAUUCUGUCCAUUCAUUACCAGUUACAUCAAACACGUCCAAACAUAAUUUAUCAAAAAUAGCUACCUCAUCGGGUGGAACGCCGCAAGCUAGUUAUGCGGAUAUAGCUCGUAUGGCAACUAUUAAUAUGACUCACAAUUCAGUGUUAAAUAUGUCUACAAUAGUUCCAAAUAUGUUAAAUCCAUCUUCAUGGCCUAGUGUGCCACCUAAGACGCCCUCGGAACCAGAUAAAAUUCCUCAAGAUUAUUAUCCUAGCUUAGAUGAAUUACAACACUCUGAUAGAAAAACAAGACAACAUAAUUUUACCCAUUCGAAUCAUAUUUUGAACUUAAGUUUUGAAAAACCACUUUCACCAACUUUGACAAAAAUGAAAAAUUCAACAGAAAGAAAAAAAGCCGAAGCUCAAGAAGAAGCUAUUAAUAAAAAUAUACAAGUUAUUAAAUAUGUACAAGAUAUUGAAAAAAUGCGUGAAAAUUUAACGCAACAAGAACAAAAAACUGUAAAUUUUAAUAAUCAUAAUACAACAUCAAACGAAGUUUCAGUAACGAACACAGUGCCAUCAAAACUUGGCAGUGCAAUAAUAAAUUGCAAUCCUGAUUCUGAUAAUAAUAAUUCCAAUUGCAACAAUGUUAAUAAUAAAGAGACAGUUGUAAAUACAAGAUGUAAUAAUCCUCGAGCACGUCGAGGAGGUUACACACAAAAUAAUCAAAAUGUACAGAAUCAAGUACCAUACGAAGAUCAACAUUUUAAGAAAGUUGGAUGUACACUUUACGAUGAAAAUACAAAAAAACAAAAUAUUGAAAAUUCUAAUACACAUUGUGAAAAUAAAAAUAAUUUGGGUACUGGUUCAAGUGAUGAAGUUGAAUCACAAAAAACCAAUGUCGUAAAUAAUCCAAAAUCAGUGCAAGAAAUGCAAAAUAUUGAUUCAGAUGCUAAGUUGACAAAAAAUGAAAAAUCGACAAAAACUACAAAAGAACCAAAUAUUAAUAUUAAACACGAAACAAUUAAAUCGGGAAAUGCACAUUCUGUAAAUUCGAAACAAGAACAACAAGAAGAUUCUAAAUUGAAAAAAGCAAAACAAAAUUCCACAUCAGAUAAAGAUCAAACGCAAAAAACAGAAUCGCAAAUAUCUAAUAAACAAAAAGUUUCGAGGCCUGCGGUUAUAUUACUAGAUGAAACUUCAUCAGAUGUUACCAAGAAUAGUGAAUUGCCAACAGAACUUAGGUUCGGAUUUGAAAUUAACGAACAACUUUUAUUAUCAGAAGAUUCGACAACCGAAGAAACCUCAAGUGCCACUUCUGUGUUUCCUUCUGUAGUUCCACCACUUAUAAACAAACCACCUUCUAAUUUUGAUAGAUAUCCUCCGAUAUUUGAUAAACACAUGAGAUGUGAUAAAUUUACGCCUAAUUUCAUACAAUCUCCAAAUACGCAUGUAACUCAACAACCUUUACAUCCGGUGAUGGUACAACGAUUACCGUGUAUGGGUUAUCCUCCAAGAUUUCCUCCUCCUACAUGUCUACCACCACAACCUACACCUCCGCCAGGAAUAAUGGAGAAAUAUCAUCAUCAACCAAAAGAAGACUUUUCUAUGCUUUAUGUAGCACCUGAAGAAGACGUUAAUAUACAAACAUACAAUCAUGAUAAAAUCGUCUCAUUUGUUGGUUUAGCAUGGGACGCUGUUAUGAGAGAAAUGCCAGUAACUGCAGGUGGUCGUAUACAGUUCUACAGUGGUCAGUGAAAUGGGCACUAAGAAAUAUGGGGUAAAUAACACAUUAACGUUUUUGUACCACAAAAUUACCUCUAUUACAAGUUAUUCGUUAUAAAACUGUAAACAGCCAGAAGAGUCUGCUAACUAAUACAAGAUCGAAUAUAUAUCUAAAUACAAGCAAAUCUGAUCGAGCCUGUAUCAAAAAAGUUAUAUUAACUUUCGGUUUCGAUCGUCAAAGCUGUACUAAUUUUUGAGUCACGUCAUCAAUGAUAAUUCUGUAAAGCCAAUUGGCGCAAAAUGUGCCUCUAAAGCUAAUGUAUAUAAUAGUCAAUCACCUGAAAAAGACAAGGCUUAUAAAUUGUGUGUGUAUGUUCUGAUUGUACAUACAUUAUUAAAUUACAAGGUACCUUUGAGAAGGUUGUAAUGCAAUACUUAAGUUUCAGUAUUGACAACUAAUACAAUUUGACUGAAAAUUAUAAAUUCGUGACACAUUUUGCUUCUUCAAAGCAUAAAUAUUAAAUUUCUUGUAAAAAAUGUGAAAAUUUAAGUAAUCUUAUAUAAAUUUAAAAAAAAAAAAUAAAAAUAAAAACAGAUUGCUUUUUGGACCAGAGUUAAGAAAAUAUUACAAUUGUGAAAUAAAAAAGAGUUUAAAAAUUAACUGAAACAUAAUCAUCACAAAACAGAUUUUUCAAAAACUGCAUGUGCUGUGACAAUGGUUAAUGCUGAUGCCUUUAAAGAAUAAGAAAUACAUCUUAGACCAUUGUAAUAAAGUUUAAAGAUAGUUGAAAAAAUCCUGUUAUGUUAACUAUAGCAAAUUAAGAUCGUCCAUUGGAAAUAUUAUUAAACUAUAUAAUAAUUAUCUUAAAUAGUUACAAGCAGAGAUGAUCUUAAAACAACAUCUUGAAAACGGGGAUUGUUGCAGCCAUCAGUGAGUCUUCAAGAAAAACUUUAAAAAGAUUAAACAUAAAAAUAGUGGUUGCUAGAUUGUACUUUAUUUAAGACAAAUACUAAAGAAAAGUAAAGAAAGUUAUAAAGAUGUGUGAAGUGUAAUGGAAAUAGUGAAUGUAAGUGUGUUAUUAAACACGUGUAAAAUAUUUAAAAGUAGUGUGAUUGACUUAAAACUUUAAGGAGUGGUUACUUCUUCCAGCCGCGAUAGAUAUUAGUUUACGAAAUUUAAAAGAAGGAAAAAAGAAAGAAUCAUAAAAACUUUGAUUUUUGCAAAUGUUGCGCUCAAGAUCAUGAACUGGUUAGAGACAGUGAGAAAAGUGCGAAUGUGUUGAAAAAAAAAAAAAAACAAAACAAAAACGCUAAAUUUUUACACAGACUCGCUUAUUUAAUGAAUAAUUAACUAUUAAUUAUUGGUAAUGAUAAUUAUAAUAAAGUACUUGCUUGUGAUCAUAAAGUAUGAUGGUGUGAAUGCGUAUAGUGCAUCUAGAUACUCUACUAGCUGAUGUCUAGUUUAGUUUUGAAUAUUUGUGUCUUAAAUUCUUUUGGAAUUUUUCAUGGAAUUGUGUUAUCUUCUGAAUAUGCAAAAAAAAGAAAGUAACUAAUACACUUUAUGGUUGUUAUCGAUUUACAAUAAGGAAAAAAACUAAUAUGAGUAGUUAAUCAAAAAAAAAUGAAACAGAAAAAAUGAAUUUAAUAUGAUUCUUUUUAUGACGAUAUUA